CCCCACGUGCAGUCCUCCGUGAUGUCGGUGCUGCUCGGGCUGGCGGACGGAGACCUGGACCCGGCCCGGCACCGCAGCUCCUUCCUGACCAACAAGGCGGGGGGCGUCCCGGACUGGCAGCCGGGUCAGCGCGGCCUCCGCCCGGCCUGCCGCCGCUGCGGCGCCGCCUCCGCCCUGGUGGUGCAGGUGUACUGCCCGGUGGACCGGACCCCCACCCACCGCAACCUGCACCUGUUCGCCUGCACGGCCCCGGCCUGCAGCGGCCUCUCCGAGGCCUGGACGGCGCUCCGCUCGCAGGGCGCGGCGGAGGACCGCCCGGGCCGGGCCCGCGGCCCCGCUGACCCGGGUCCCGGUCCCGGUCCGGAGCCCGUCCCGCGGGUCACGGACUGGUGUGACGGUGCUGAUGACUGGGGCCUGGAGGAAGAGGAGGAGGAGGAGGAGGAGGAGGCGGCAGGGCCCGCUGUGAAGGAGGAACCAGAGCGUCCAGCAGGCAGCGAGACGGACGUCAGCGGGCGUCUCCAGGACCUGCAGCUGGAGGACCGGCGUGAGGACGCCGCCGCCGCCGCCGUGUUCAGGCCGCUCUUCAUCAGCGUGGUGGAGGAGGCGGACCUGGGCGUGGAGGACGGCGCCCUGGAUCACGUCCAGGAGCUGCUGAGGGAGUACGAGAGCCGGGAGGGGGCGGUGCAGGAGGAGCAGCAGGGUGGGGGAGGGGGCGGAGCAGGGGGCGGAGUCCAGGAGGAGUACGAGAAGGCCCAGGCCCGGCACGGGGACCGGGUGUUCGGCGGCUUCAUGAAGCGGAUCGCCCCGUGCCCGCAGCAGAUCCUGCGGUACAGCCACGGCGGCCGGCCGCUCUUCGUCUCCUCGCCGCCGGCCGCCGCCUCCCGCCUGGCGCCGCCCUGCGGCUCCUGCGGUGCCGCCCGCACCUUCGAGCUGCAGCUGAUGCCGGCGCUGGUCAGCCUGCUGCGCAGGGCGGACCGCGGCGGCGGCGGCGAGCUGGAGUUCGGCACCGUGCUGGUCUACACCUGCAGCGGGAGCUGCUGGGCGCCCGGUUCGAACUCCGCCCUGGAGGAGGUCUGCUUCGUGCAGGCGGACCCCGACCAGCAGCUCUUCAGGUGAUCACGCCACUGUGGUGCUCAUGGGCACGGUGGAGCAGUGGUCUGCACGGUCACGCGUCAAGCAGUCUGUGGUUGGAGUCCUGAUUGAACAGUGUGGAGUUUGCAUGUUCUCCAGGAUGAACUCCUGCAGGAGAACAGAUGGAGACUUCUGGAUGUUCAGAACCUUCAGGAUGGUCCACUGUGGAGGUUCCUGCUCCGCCCUGUGGGGGUCCAGUGCUUCUGUGGAACCACAGGAGAGGAACCUCGGGGAACGUUUCAGUGUAGCAGGACAGUCGGUUCAUGAUGAACGUAGCCUCCACUGGGUCUUCAGAGCUUCCUCAUGAGGAUUUCUGCUCGGCUUUAUAGCAACAAUAAAGAAAACCUGGAGUUCUGAUGUGUUUUGUUCAAGUUUUUUAUUUACAAAAAAAUAAUCAUUUUGCAGCAACGGUUCCAUGUAUGAAGACAAUAAAGCGU